CUUCGCCUACAUCAUAGACUGUAUAAAAAUGGCCUACAUGGCAGUAUAAAGAGAAGCUUGCUUAAAGCAAGAUCCUCAACAAACCUCUGUUGCGGACAUUUCCUGUUCGGCAACCAAUAGCAGUGAUGAGCAGAGGGUCACGUGACGGACUCCUCUGAGCUUCGUCUUUCACUGUGUCGGACCCAUAGGUCGGAACCCAACAGAGGCAGCUGCAGUUAACGGUGCACCAUGGGCCGCCUGGAUGGGAAAGUGAUUGUGUUGUCAGCUGCCGCACAGGGGAUUGGACGUGCUGCUGCAAUAGCAUUUGCAAAGGAGGGAGCUCAAGUCACCGCAACAGACAUCAAUGGAGAGAAGCUGAAGGAGCUGGACGGCAUUCAAGGUAUCAAGACUAAGGUGGUGGAUGUGACUAAGAAGGACCAAGUGGAAUCUCUGGCAAAGGAACAUGACCAUGUAGAUGUGCUGUUCAAUGUUGCAGGGUUUGUGCACCAUGGCUCCAUCUUGGACUGUGAAGAGGCUGACUGGGACUUCACAAUGAAUGUGAAUGUGCGAAGCAUGUACCUCAUGUGCAAAGCUUUCCUGCCUAAGAUGUUGGCGAAAAAGUCAGGAAACAUCAUAAACAUGGCAUCUGUUGCAUCAAGCAUAAAAGGUGUUGUGAACCGGUGUGUCUAUAGUACCUCCAAGGCUGCGGUGAUUGGGCUCACCAAAUCUAUAGCUGCUGAUUUCAUUGAGCAAGGCAUUCGCUGUAAUUGUGUUUGUCCCGGGACUGUUGAUACUCCAUCACUGAGGGGUAGGAUCCAGGCCCAACCUGACCCAGAACAGGCUUAUAAGGAUUUCAUGGCGAGACAGAAAACUGGCAGAAUGUGCACAGCUGAAGAGGUGGCAUACCUGUGUGUGUACCUGGCCUCAGAUGAGUCAGCGUAUGUGACUGGGACUGAGCAAAUCAUCGAUGGAGGCUGGAGACUCUGAGGAAUAUGUGGCAAACUCAUCAUCUCAGUUGUGCAGUUGCAUCCUCUUUUUUUUUUUUUUUUUUGGAUGCAAGUGCCUAAAUCAAAGAAAAGUGUGCACAAUUUGCUGGCAUGCUAACUUUUUUGAUUUUGCAUAUUAUUUUCAAAGAUUUUGUGAGAUUUUCCAACUUAAAUCUAUGCUGCUAAUGUGUCUAUGUAGUGCCAAAACACUGACAAAUAAAUUGACUGUCACAGCUAUAUUGAUGUUGCUACCUUUUUAAUAAACAUAUUCCUUGUUAAAUACCUAA